AUGAAAGGAAAAAAGGGUGCUCAUUCGAGUAGCACCGGUACUCCCGAUGGUGCCGAUGGCUCAUUAGAUGCAAGUACCGGUACCAGCACACGACCUGAUGAACUCGACCCAACAGUAAGGGACGCCCCUGAAGAAACCAAUCAAGCGGUAGACGAAGAAGAAGUGAAGGAUGAAGCUACCGGUAUCAUGGAAUUUUUGGCGGAUCAGGCAAGUUUGGCAACAGCACAAAUGUUGAACGAGGAUGAAGAUAUCAAGCAAGAACACAAAAAUACUGGCAUGGAAGCUCAGCUCAGCAACACCCCACAAAGGCACCAUCUAUCCUUCUUCCCAAAGGGACAGACCCCUUCUGUGGGUACUCCUCUCAAAGGAUUGGCAACUAGACAAACAUUGAAGGAGGAUGAAGAUGCCAAGCAAGGAGAACACAGCGAUGCUAAUAUGGCAAGAGAAAUCAACAAAAAUGCCAAAGUAGAAGAAGAUGAUACUGCUGCCAAUUCUCGGAAUGCCGCAACUUCAAUUGAACAAGGUGUAGGACUUAACCGGCAAAGUGCAGAACUUGCAGCAGUACUACCAGCAGCACUACCAGAACCUAUCCCACUACAGAGGCAACAACAACCGCCAUCCAGACCAGGGGCCUACAUGAAUUUACCGGGAGGAGCCUUGCAACGAGCAACUACCCUACAAUAUUCCCUUGUUGGUGCUGCUAGUCAGGAUGCACUGAUUGGUCAGAUGGGUGAUACAGAUCAUCAUGAUUCCACAACAGCUGUAGAGCCCGCACUCAACCCCGUUUUGGACCCAACUCUAUUUCCCAAUCAAGCAAGGCAAUCCGGUGCCACCACGGACCAUUUGGCCGUGGCCAACCGAGUCACCAAUGACCCGGAAGAUCUAAUGCAUGCAAAUCCCGUUGAUUUGGAGGAACAAGAGAAAAGGAAACAAGAGAAGAAAAAAUUUAGGCAAACACUCCUCUUUAUUGUGUUUCUGGUCGUCAGUGCCGUGGCUGCCGUUAUUGGGACUGUGACUGGGACUGCUGGAAAGAACAAUGCUGCUGUUGUGUACCAAACCCCAUCUCCUACUGUUUAUGGUACCAUGACUCCGUCGGACGUCCCAUCCACCUCUCCCACUGGUGCUCUGAACUUUUUGUUGGAUACUUUACCUGAUAGCACUGUGGCCAGGAUCAACAACGGCAGUGACAAACCUCAAUGGAAAGCAUGGCAAUGGCUUGCCGAACACCAAAACAUCACGUUUCUUCCAGAAUGGAGAAAGGAACAGCUGUUUGCUCUUGCUACCUUCUUCUACGCCUUUGAGGGAGACAAUUGGAACCCUUUAGUAAAAGGCCAUGGAUGGAUGGAUGACACAAAGGAGGAGUGUGAAUGGUUCUCUAGUGCAUUUGGAGUUUUUGGUGCAGACGGCAGGUUCCUUCGGUUUGAAGAUUUGGGUUUACCAGCUGGCAGUUCAUGCGAUGGCCAUGGGCAAUUCACAUCUCUUUGGCUCAAUGGCCUUCAGCUGUCUGGGCUUCAGCCAUCUGUGCCCCCAGAGAUUUCCUUGUUGACUUCCUUGUCUUUUUUUGGAUUGCAUGUGAAUGACAUUGCAGCACCUAUUUCAACUCUCUUGCCAUCAGAAUUUUACGAGCUGACGGGUUUGUCUUACUUGGGGUUAAAUGCAAAUGUGCUGAGCGGCGAUAUCCCUUCUGAGCUUGGUCAGCUCACUUUGUUAACUUCCUUGGAAUUGAAUGCAAACCAGUUGUCAGGCCAAAUUCCCUCUGAGUUUGCACUAUUGACCUCAAUUCUCUGGCUUCAACUAAAUGACAAUCAGUUUACAGGUCCAGUUCCUGCUGAGCUUGGCCUCCUGACCUCAUUCUAUACUCUUCGGCUUGCUGGGAAUCAGUUGUCAGGCCAAAUUCCAUCUGAGUUUGCACUAUUGACAUCUAUUCUCUGGCUUGAACUAAAUGACAAUCAGUUCACUGGCCCAGUUCCUUCUGAGCUUGGCCUCCUAACCUCAUUGACAAAACUUUUGCUUGCUUUGAAUCAGUUUUCUGGUCCGCUGCCUUCGGAGAUAGGGUUCCUGACCUCACUGGCAUUCAUCAACCUUCACUACAACCAGUUAACCGGUCCACUGCCUUCUGAGCUUGGCUUCCUGAACUCACUGGAAGAACUUGCCCUUGAUGAGAAUCAGUUUUCUGGUACACUUCCUUCUGAGCUCGGGCUCCUGGCCUUAUUGGAAGAGGUGGUCCUAUCAGGAAAUCAGUUCACGGGCACAAUCCCAACUGAAAUUGGCAUGAUGACAUCACUAACAUCCAUGGAUCUUCACAACAAUGGCUUGAUGGGGACCUUACCUAUGCAACUGAACGUAUCUAUGGGGUUAAGACUGUAUGGGAAUACGUUCUCAGGAACUGUUCCAGACCAUCUUUGUUCUUUUCUCAAUUGUGAUUGUUCCCUAAAUGAAACUCCUCCUGUUUCUACCUGUGCUGGUCUCGCGGGAGGUCUACGUGAUUGGCCUGGGUGGUUUCCAACCACGGUUGCUGAUGUCAUGCUGAACAUCCAAACUGAUAGGGAUCCACUGGAAACAUCAUGGGUUUGGCAACAAGAAACCAAUGUGACUGGUAUUUGGGACACACUGGAAUCAGGUGGUCCACUGGCGUUAAGAUCUUAUCUUUACUCCUCUCUCCUCCCGAUCAGUGCUGACACAGCCUACAGGUUGAUUGUAUAUGACAGUUUUGGUGAUGGUUUGUAUGUCCCUGGAUGGGUAACUCUGACGGCAGAAAACAAAACGGUUCUGUACUCCUAUGUCAGUACUACUGAUGAUUUUGCAUCUCCCAGUGACAGUGAUUUCUCUGAAGUCACCAUUGGCAUCACAGUCAGAGCUGAUGGCUCUCUUGACAUCACCAAUUCUACUUCAUGA